UUUUCUCUUGGCCGCUGGCGAAGCUUGGAUUGUUUAUCCUGGAAUCAUAGGCCAGAUGCUGAUGGAGCAGGAGGAGGAGACAGAGUGGGAGUGGGGUGGGAGGAGGGGUCUGCCGCUGGCUACUCUGCUAGAAUGCCCAAAGCUUACUCCCCCCCAGCCUAGGAAGGAGCCAAGGAGUCUAUGGAGGCUAGGCUCCAAAAAAGACGAAGUACCCAAGGGGACGAGAAGAGGUCUCCAACUCAGCAUGGAGGAUGACAGUUUAACCCCUGAGAUCCAUGGAGAAAGUACCCAACCUCUCCUGGAUGAGCAGCUCCCCAGAGAGAAAGUGCCAGGCCUCUGCUCUGUCCGCUGGGGCCUGGCUUUCAUCCUGCAUGUCUCCUUCUUUGUCACCUACUCCCAGCGGGUGGACCUCAGCAUUGCCAUAGUUGCCAUGGUGAACAACACGGAUCAGCAGGUGUCUCUCAAUGUCUCUGCAGAUGUGUGUCCUGAGUCUUCUCCUGUUCCCCACAAUACCUCCCAGCACAGAGAAGUCAAGGCCCCUGUCUAUGACUGGACCCCUGAAACCUGUGGAUUCCUUUUGAGUUCUUUCUCCUAUGGCUACCUCAUCACCCAGAUCCCUGGAGGCUACCUCACAGGCAUUGUGGGCUGGAAGCCUGUCCUGGGCAGUGGACUGCUCCUCUCCUCUAUCCUUGGCCUUCUCCUCCCCUCAGCCGCAGAGUGUGGUGUGGCUUACCUUGCCCUCAUCCAGGCUUUGAGAGGUCUCUCCCAGGGUGUGAUAUUCCCAGCCUAUUUCACUCUCUGGACAAAGUGGGCCCCACCUCAGGAACUCACCUGCCUCAUGAAUUUUGCAGAUGCUGGUACCACACUAGGGACCUUCUUCACCCUGAUGGUGGGAGGUAUCACCUGCCAGACUCUGGGAUGGCCAGCCUUCUUCUACAUCUUUGGAAGUGUGAAUUGUGUUUGGGGCCUGCUUUGGUUCUUCCUGGUGUUUGAAGAUCCUGACAGUCACCCUUGCAUCAGUGUCACAGAGAAGGAAUACAUCACAUCGAACUCAACGCAGAAGGGUCCCUGCCACAGCUGGUCACUACCUCUCCUCCCCAUGCUGAAAUGCCGGCCAUUGUGGGCCAUUGCAGUAGCCUAUUUCUGCUGCGACUGGCUCUUCUACACCCUGCUGACCCUGCUUCCUGUGUACCUGAACCACAUCCUUCACCUGGACACGAGGGAGAGUGGUUUCCUGAGUGCCCCUCCAUACAUUGGGAACUGGCUGGGUCAAAUAGGCACAGGGCUCCUGGGAGACUUUUUGGUGGCUAAGAACCUGCUCCAGCUGGGUACAUUGAGGAAACUCUUCACAGCUCUAGGAAUGCUGUGUCCGGCAGCCCUGGUGCUCACUGUGCCGUACGUCGGCUGUAAUCGCAUCAUCGUUGUCAUCCUGUUCACUCUGUCCAUGACCCUCAUCAGCAUGACCGGUGCUGGCUUUGCCAUGAAUCUCCUGGACAUUGCCCCCAGGUACGCAGGUUUUCUGCAUGGAGUCAUUAACACCAUGGCUAAUCUCUCAGGAAUGGCAGCACCCACUGUGGCUGGAUUCCUCAGCAGUCAGGACACGCUGUCUGGCUGGAGGAAUGUCUUCUUUCUCUCAGGAGCCAUUAACUUAUUUGGGGUGACCUUCUACCUCAUCUUUGGUCAAGCAGACAUCCAAGUGUGGGCUCGAGCAGACAGCCCCUCCGAUGUAGACAGCCAUUGAUGGUCUGACUGAAGGGGGCCUGCUGAGUUAAGAUCCCUUAACCCUUUCUUGCUUUGGAUCUUCAUCUAUAAAAUAAGGAGCUUGGACUAGAUCACCUCUGAAGUCUCUUCCAGAUCUAUACUAUGGUGAGAUACUAUGAUAUAUGACAUAUGAUACCAUGACCCCUGAGACCCCUUUGAGCCAUUACGAUCUAUGAGGGGUAUAAUAAAUGCUGAAACAAGGAAUUUUUAUGUAACUGGGUCAGGAUUUGAAAACUGGACCCCACUCUCUUUGUAUUAUUGCCCACCUAUAUAUCUGGUUCUUCAUUUUUAAAAUAGCAUUUUAUUUUUCCAAAUAUAUGCAAAAAGAAUUUUCAA